UCAAGGAUGUAUAAUUGUAAAGUAUUACACUCAUUGUUAUAUUAAACUCCGGAGGUGGCAAACGUUACAAAAUGUGUUGGCUGGUCCCGUGCAUUUUGUUAGCAGUAGCAACUGUAAAAGCUAAUCAAAUUCACAAUGAUACUCUUAGUUUACCCAGCAAUGGUGACAAGAUUCCUAUAAAUAAAUGUUGCCCUUUCCACCAAUAUAUGGGUCGCAAAAAAGCCUGUGUGAACUACACCUCCGAGCUUUAUAUCACAAAUGUGUCGAUAUAUGAUGAGGCGUUUCGGAAGACUGAGAAAUCUUUCGAAGAUAUCUUUGAAUUAAAACCGAAUAAACUGAAGGACCAAGAAUUUAAAAACCAUGCACUGGACACUCACUACCUGGAUUUUAAUAUAUAUCUUAUCGAGAAUGGGGUUCUUCAACUGGAGCUACCAAACGCCUACAAUCGUUGGAACGCAAUAGCGAAAGAAAACUACUGCAUAGACUAUCGCAUAUUGAAAAACAAAAGUUUGAUAAACAAGCGGUUUUGGGUGGUAUUACCGGAUAAUGAACCCGCUGCUAGUAAUCCAUACUUAACGUACGCUACAUUCAUAUCAUGUUUCUUCAUGAUACUGGUGCUCAUAGUGUACGCGAUGCUUCCCGAGCUUCGAAACCUAUGUGGCAUGAUCCUCAUGGCAUAUGUGGCUAGUCUGUUCAUGGCCUUCCUACUGCUGGCCAUCAUACAAAUAAAGAUACAUCAUCCAACAACCUGCAUUGGUUUGACGAUGGGCAUCUAUUACUUCUUCCUCGCUGCGUUCUGCUGGAUGAGCGUCAUGUCCUACGAUAUUUGGUGGACCUUCAGAGGAUACGCAAAGGCCCGACCCAUUCAUCGAAGAGGAGAAAACUUCAAAUUCCUGAUGUACUGCCUCUACGCUUGGGGUGUUCCUCUCCUGAUGACCAUCGCCUUAGCCUUGCUGAAUACCUACACGAAGAAAAUGAAACAUCUGCCCUGGUUUGUCACACCUCAUGUGCCUGACUACGGCUGUUUCCUGGAAGGAGGUGUAAAACUGCUGUACUUAUACAUGCCAAUGCUGAUCCUCAUUCUAUGCAACUGGAUAUUUUACUUGAUGACUGCGUUCAACAUUUGGCGGUUGAGUCGUGGAACUGCUGUCCUGGACUCGGCCGCUGCUGGCAAUCCUCAGGCCCAUCGCACACAUAGGCACAGGUUCAUGGUGUACCUGAAGCUGUCAGUAGUCAUGGGUUUGAACUGGGUGCUGGAGAUCGUGAGCUUCCUCUACCCUGACUUCAGUAUGUGGUACCUGAGUGACGCCUACAAUAUCCUCAUAGGACUGGCCAUAUUCCUCAUAUUCGUUUGCAAGAAGAAAAUCUUGAAGAAAUUGUGUAAACGCUAUCUCGGAAGGAACACCAUGCGCUGGUACCCCUCAUCCAAGAGUUACUCGAGCAGUACAUCAGAUUCCAACAACGAGACAAUGACUCUACAGUCGAAAGUGUCAUCUCAACCAAAUGGAUUGAACGGCUAUAUAAUACACAACAGAAUUAAGCCAGAAUAUUAGAAAUCUCGACCUACUAGGUAUUACUUAUUUAGUCAUGAAUCAUACUCAAUAAUCUAUA